AUGCUAGGACAUUUCACCGCCAUAGCUCUCCUUGGGGCCCAGGUCGUGUCUGCACAGUUCCCACCAAAGCCUGAGAAUGUCACGAUACUGAAGUCCAAGUUCGACGAUGGCGUGUAUAUAUCGUACAAGGAGCCUGGGAUAUGCGAAACCACACCAGGUGUCAAGUCGUACGCCGGAUACGUUCACUUACCAGCCGGCACACUAGGCGACCUGAACGAGGCGCAACCGUACCCAAUCAACACGUUCUUCUGGUUCUUCGAGGCACGCAAGGACCCCCUGAACGCACCGCUCUCGAUCUGGAUGAAUGGCGGUCCCGGCAGCUCGUCGCUUCUGGGCCUGUUCGACGAGAACGGACCGUGCAUGGUCAACCCGGACUCGAACUCGACCCGGCUCAACCCUUGGUCGUGGCACAACGAAGUCAACAUGCUCUACAUCGACCAGCCGGUCCAAGUGGGCCUGUCAUACGACACGCUGCAGAACAUCACGCACGACCUGCUUAGCGGCGACGUCAGCCUCCUGAACGCCACGGACCCGAUCCCCGAGCAGAACGCGACCUUCCUCGUGGGGACGUAUCCGAGCCAGAACGCCAACUCGACGGCGUUUGGCAGCCUCAACGGCGCACGCGCACUCUGGCACUUUGCGCAGACGUGGUUCCAGGAGUUUCCCGGGUACCACCCGAACGACAGCCGCGUGUCCAUUGCCACGGAAUCCUACGGCGGCAGAUACGGCCCGUCGUAUGCGGCGUUUUUCGAGGAGCAGAACCAAAAGAUCGAGAACGGCACCUGGACCGACGUGGGCGACACGUACAUCAUCCACCUGGACACGCUGCUGAUCAUCAAUGGCUGCAUCGACCGCCAGGUCCAGUGGCCGUCGUACCCGCACAUUGCGUACAACAACACGUACGGGAUUAAAGCGGUGAAUGAAACCAUAUACAACCAGAUGACCGAGGGGUAUUAUGGGGAAGGGGCCUGUCGCGACCAGAUCGCCACGUGCCGCGCCCUGUCGCUGCAGUACGACAGCACACAGCGCGGGCUCAACGCCUCGGUCAACGACGUGUGCGAGGCGGCCGAGUCGUAUUGCACGACGCACGUGCGCGACCUGUACACCCGCCUCAGCGGGCGCAACUACUACGACUUCGCCACGCGGGACCCAGACCCGAUCCCCUCCAACUUCUACCUGGGCUACCUCAACCAGGCACACGUGCAGCACGCGCUCGGCGUGCCUCUGAACUUCACGCAGAGCAGCAGCGUCGUGGCCGCGGCGUUCCGCAGCAUCGGCGACUACCCGCGGCCCGGCUGGCUCGAGGACCUCGAGUAUCUGCUGGACAACAACAUCAAGGUCACCCUUGUGUACGGCGACCGCGAUUUUGCGUGCAACUGGAUCGGCGGCGAGGCUGUGUCUCUGGCAGUCAACCACAGCGAGGCUCCCAAGUUUCACGCCGCAGGGUACGUCCCGAUCCGCACCAACGCAACCUAUUCGGGCGGCCAGGUGCGUCAGUACGGCAACUUCAGCUUCUCGCGCGUGUACGAGGCCGGCCACGAGGUGCCGGCCUACCAGCCCGAGACGGCGUAUCGGAUCUUCCACCGCACCUUGUUCAAUCUAGAUAUCGCCACGGGGCAGGUCGAUGUGGCACAAAACAACUCGUACACCACGCCGACCACAGCUCCCAAAGAUACCUGGGCGAUCAAGAACAAGGACCCGCCCGACCCGCUGUGGGUGUGCUACACCUGGGCGGCAGGUGAUACUUGUACCGAAGAGCAGCAGGAGGCGUUGGCAAACGGGACCGCCGUGGUGAGGAAUUACAUCUACAUGGAUGCGAAUAGCACCAUGCUUUAUCCAGGGAUUUUCAGCUAG